AUGGUGGCCAGCCAGUCUGUCGUUGGCCGUGCCAACGCGGAGAAGGCCCAUGGUAUCGUGGGUCUUCUCAAGAACCCUUUCGUUUUCUUGACCUGCUGUUUUGCCUCUCUGGGAUGUAUCAUGUACGGUUACGACCAAGGAGUGAUGGGUCCUAUUCUUGUCAUGGAGAACUUCCAAAAUCACUUUCCGACAUUUACAGGAUCCACCAUCCAGGGCUGGCUGGUGUCUGCCCUUGAGCUGGGGGCCUGGGCAGGUGCUCUGAUCAAUGGUAUUCUUGCCGACCGCAUCUCUCGAAAGUAUGCUAUGAUGAGUGCUGUUCUCAUCUUCACCCUAGGCACUGGCUUACAGGCCGGUGCUCAGACCCCUGCCUACUUCUUCGCCGGUCGCGUUAUCGGUGGUGUGGGGAUUGGUAUGUUCAGCAUGGUCAUCCCACUUUACCAGGCUGAGAUUGCCCCUCCGGAGUUGCGAGGAUCUCUGGUCUCCUUACAGCAGUUGUCUAUUACGAUCGGGACGGCUAUUUCCUUCUGGCUCGAUUAUGGUAUGCAAUAUGUUGGCGGGACCACCUGUAAUCCCGAAGGAAUCUCCAAUCCUUAUCUCACCGACGGCACGUAUAACGCUGCCCUGACUCAUGGCCACACCUGCCUUGGACAGAAGACUAUUGCCUGGCGCCUGCCUCUAGCACUGCAGAUCAUACCUGCUUGGAUUCUGUUCUUCGGCAUGUUUUGGUUCCCAUUCUCGCCUCGUUGGUUGAUGAUGAAGCAUCGCGAUGAAGAUGCUCUCGCUUCCCUCUCUAAGCUUCGCCGUCUCCCUGCUACUAAUCCACUGGUUCGCGCUGAGUUCCUCGAGAUUAAGGCAGCUGUUAUGUUCGACGAAGAGACCGAAAGCGAGGCUAUUGGUGCUGGCGGUACUUUAGCUCCUUGGAAAGCAUUGUUUGCCCCUAAUAUGCUCAAGCGUCUAUUCCUCGGAUGCGGUACUAUGAUUUGCCAACAGUUCACCGGUAUCAAUGCGGUCCUUUACUAUGCGCCGCAAAUCUUCGCUAGUUUCGGCUUUAGCUCCACAAAGCAAACCCUUCUAGCGACAGGUGUGACUGGCAUCCUACAAAUCAUCUUCACCCUACCAGCGGUUCUCUUCCUUGACAAGUUUGGCAGGAAGACCUUCUUGAUCGUAGGCGCGAUUGGCAUGUUCCUUUGCCAUAUCGUUGUCGCUACGGUGGAAGGUAUAUACAAGCCGAAGUGGGACCUGAAUCAGGGACUCGACAAAGGCCAGGGUUGGGUUGCUAUCGUUUUCAUCUGGCUCUUUGCUGUUAACUUUGCCUACUCUUGGGGUAUGCACGGUCCUCUUUUUAAUCUCUCGUAUUUCUUGGCUAACCUUCCAAUUCUAGGUCCGGUGGCGUGGGUCUUGACUCAAGAAAUCUUCCCGAACAGUCAACGUUCUAAAGGCGUCGCAAUUGUCGCUUCAACUAAUUGGCUCUUCAAUUUCAUUAUCGGCUUGACGACCAAGGAUAUGCUGAACUCAAUGAAGUAUGGCACAUACAUUUUCUUCGCUAUCUUCAGUGGUCUCGGAGGUCUUUUCAUCUGGUGGUUCGCCCCUGAAACCAAGGAUAAGACUCUUGAGGAGCUGGAUGUGUUCUUCGGUGGAUCUGAGGCAAGUAUUGCCGAAGCUGAUCGCCAACGUAUGCAACGCAUCAAUGAGAGCCUUGGCCUCGCUGGUGUAGAAAAUGUUGAGGAUCUGAAGGUUGCGGUUACCAGCGAGCAGGUCGAAAUGUGA